AUGCCCAAAUCCGUCAUCCCACCCGAGAAACAGUUGUUGAAAAUGGCAUCCGCUAUCGUAACAGGAGCAACCGGUAUCCUCGGCCGUGAGAUCGUUUCCCGCCUGGGCCGGCACCCGGACCAGUGGAAGACCGUCUACGCCAUAUCUCGUAGCAAGAAGGAUGACUAUCCUGCCAAUGUGAAGCACAGCUUCAUCGACCUCACUGGCUCUGCCGGCGAAAUGACCAAGAAUCUUCAGGGUAUCGAGGCAGAGUACGUCUUCUUUUCGGCAUAUUUGCAGAAGGAUUCGGAGCAGGAGAACUGGGACGUUAAUGGUGACAUGCUGCAAAACUUCCUCUCUGCUCUGUCUCAAACCGGCGCUUCUCAGAGCAUCAAACGCAUUCUCUUAGUCACGGGCGCCAAACAGUAUGGAGUUCAUCUUGGUGCCGUCAAGAACCCGAUGGAGGAAUCCGACCCUUGGCUACGCGACCCACCGUUCCCUCCCAACUUCUACUACCGCCAACAAGACAUCCUUCAUGACUUCUGUGAAAAGAACCCUCACAUCUCCUGGACAGUGACGUAUCCCAACGAUGUGAUCGGGUUCGCCAAAGGAAACUUCAUGAACUUGGCCACCUCACUGGGAAUCUAUGCCGCGGUUUCCAAGGAACUCGGUCGCGACCUAGAGUUCCCCGGUUCAGAGGCAUUCUAUACCAAGUUCGACUCUUUCACUUCUGCCAAGCUGCACGCCGAGUUUUGCGAGUGGGCUAUUAAGGAGCCGAAGGCUGCCAACGAGGCUUUUAACGUUGUCAAUGGCGACGUGGAGAGUUGGCAGAACCUGUGGCCGAAGGUGGCGCGUCGUCUUUCAAUGAAGGUUAAGGCAGAUCAAUUCGCCUCCAGGUCCGAGUUGGCCAGCGAGACGCAGCUGUGUGAGAAACCGCCUCGGAGCGUUCUUGAAGAGAGGAUUGGGCUGAAGGGCAAGACGGCGCCGAGUAAGCUGGAGCAGAGGAUUGACAUGGUCAAGUGGAGCCAGCAGGACGAUGUCAAGAAGGCGUGGGAUCGUCUCGCAGAGCGCGAAGGACUUGAGAAAGAUGCGUUCGAGAAGGCCACUUGGGCUUUCCUUGGAUUUGUGCUGGGACGGAACUAUGACUUGGUCAUCAGCAUGAGCAAGGCGAGGGAGAUGGGCUGGACAGGGUAUGCCGAUACUUGGUUGAGUCUCUCGAAUACUUUCAGAGAGUUGGAGGCACAGAACAUCCUCCCUCGUACCCACUUACUUACUGCUACGAGCUCGAGGCACACCAUGGGAUGA